AUUUUUUUUUUUUCCAACGAAGCUGAUUAUUGAAAGAGAGCAGUCAUGGCGAACCUUGAAGAAAAUGGACCUCCGGCAAGGCUUGAGGGGAAAUAUGCUGCAAUAGUAGUGUGCUGGCUUCUGGGAAAUGGGUGCCUCUUUUCAUGGAACAGUAUGCUAACUAUUGAAGAUUACUACGGUGAAUUGUUCCCGCAUUACCAUUCCUCAAGGGUCCUAACUCUGGUGUACCAGCCAUUUGCGCUUGGAACACUAGCUAUACUCGCCUAUAAUGAGGCGAAAAUUAAUACUAGGUUGCGCAACCUGUCUGGAUACUUCCUCUUUUUCCUAGGUUCUCUUUUGGUUUUAGUUUUGGAUUUAGCAACAUCCGGGAAAGGAGGGCUCGGAACUUUUAUUGGAAUUUGUGCUUUAAGUGGUUUGUUUGGAGUUGCAGAUGCUCAUGUUCAGGGUGGAAUGAUUGGUGACCUUUCCUUCACGCGACCUCAACUUAUUCAAUCUUACCUGGCUGGUAUGGCUGCAUCGGGAGCUCUUACUUCUGCUUUGAGGUUAAUUACAAAGGCAGCAUUUGAAAAUUCCAAGGAUGGUCUUCGAAAAGGAGCCAUUUUAUUCUUGGCAAUCUCCGUAGUUUUCGAGCUUCUAUGUGUUAUUCUGUACGCAUAUAUAUUUCCAAAAUUGCCAGUCAUCAAAUAUUACCGCUCCAAAGCAUCCUCAGAAGGAUCGAAAACUGUUUCUGCCGACCUUGCCGCUGCUGGCAUCCACACAUUACAUGAAGAAGCUGAGGAAGAUCUGAAGAAACACGAGCGACUGGGAAACAAAGAAUUGUUGCUGCAGAACAUUGAUUAUGCGGUUGACAUGUUCCUUAUCUAUGCACUGACAUUGUCAAUUUUUCCUGGAUUUUUAUCAGAGGACACCGGAUCACAUAGUCUGGGCACCUGGUAUGCCCUCGUGUUAAUUGCAAUGUACAAUGUGUGGGAUCUAAUUGGAAGAUACAUUCCACUCUUGAAGUUUCUGAAGUUGGAGUCUAGGAAAGGGCUUGUGAUAGCAAUUCUUUCUCGUUUCUUGCUCGUCCCGGCAUUCUAUUUCACUGCCAAGUAUGGUGACCAAGGCUGGAUGAUAAUGCUCACAUCCUUCUUGGGUCUAUCAAAUGGUUACCUCACUGUCUGUGUCCUCACUUCUGCCCCCAAAGGUUACAAGGGGCCAGAGCAAAAUGCGUUGGGAAAUCUGCUGGUAUUGUUUUUACUUGGAGGCAUAUUUGCAGGCGUAACGCUUGACUGGUUGUGGCUAAUAGGGAAGGGCUGGUGAGCGUUUUUUAUUUUAUUUUAUUUUUAUUGUUUUACGUUUAUAAUA